GCGUUCGUGACCUCAUUCGAGAGUACCACGACGUUUUCCCAUCGUCGUUCUCGUACGCUGGCAUCCCACCGAUGCGCGACGUCGAGCACUCCAUCCAGCUUGUGUCUGACUAUCGUGUUCACCACCAGGCACCCUACAGAUUCUCGAUCCCCGAGGCCACCGAACUUAAGCGUCAGCUUGAGGAGCUUCUGAGACUGGGUUUCAUUAAACUCAGCAACUCCCCGUGGGGUGCACCUGUCCUCUUUGCUCGCAAAGCGGAUGGAACUUUUCGUCUUCGCAUCGACUACCGCGGUCUCAACCGCUACACGGUUAAGAAUAACUACCCCAUGCCUCGUUCCGAUGAGUUGUUCGACCGCCUAGCAGGCAACCGCUUCUUCACGAAGAUUGAUCUUCGUAGUGGUUACCAUCAGAUCCGUGUCGCUGCAGCCGACCAGCCGAAGACCGCGUUCCGAUCUCGAUUCGGCCACUACGAGUUCACGGCGAUGCCAUUUGGCCUCACCAACGCACCCGCUACCUUCCAUAGGGCGAUGAAUGACAUCUUCAGGGACAUCCUGGAGCAGUACGUUCUCGUCUACCUCGACGAUAUCCUGGUCUACAGUCGUACCCUUGAGGAGCACCUCAGACACCUCCGCGACGUCCUUGACCGCUUGCGCAGACAUGGCUUCUACGCCAAGCUGAGUAAGUGCCGCUUUGCCCAGCACAAAGUGGAUUUCUUAGGACACUACGUGUCUGACCAGGGUCUCCACAUGGACGACGCGAAGAUCACUGCUAUUGUGGAGUGGCCCGCUCCCACAUCCGCCAAGCAGCUUCGCAGCUUCCUAGGCCUGACCAGCUAUUAUAGUAACUUCAUCCAGGGAUACACUAGGUAUUCCAACGUCCUUACCUCCACCCUCCUCCGGAAGAACCCGCCCUGGGCUUGGACACCCCUCCACGAGGACGCCUUCCGCGCCCUCGAGAAGGCCUUGACAUGCACACCGGUUCUUCACUUACCCGAUUUUGAUCGCCCCUUUAUCCUUACCACCGAUGCGUCAGACUUUGCCGUAGGAGCAGUGCUUUCUCAGAUCUUCCCCUCCUCUCCUGAUUCCUCCCAUCCUUAUAUCCCUCGCUUUCCACCACCUACCCCUAUCACUGCCUCCCGAUUGACGCCUACUUGUCUAGCUACUGAUGAGCCUUCAAUUGACUACUCUCCUACCAUCGUCGAGGACGGCACUGUCGAGUCUCGCUCAGGUGAUUGUCCGAUAGCCUUCUACUCCCGUCAGCUCCUGCCCGCCGAGAUAAACUACACUGCUGAUGAACGUGAGGAGGUCGCCGACAUUGUGUUUGACCGAGUCGUGCGUGACCACGACUUACCUCUGAGCAUCAUAUCUGACAGUGACCUGCGCUUUACCAGCCGAUUCUGGCGACGGCUCCACGAGGUGUACGACACCCAGCUCCUCUUCUCCUCGUCUUACCAUCCUCAGACGGAUGGUCAGACCGAGAUCACGAACAGGACUCUCGGAGAUAUUCUCCGAAAGAUUGUUCGUGACGACCAGCAGUGAGAUCUUCAUCUUGCCCACGCGGAGAUAACCUACAACCAUGCCGUCUCGCCAGCCACGGGGAUG